CCAGACACGAAUAUCUCAGCGCCCAAACCCUAGCUAGCCCCUCCCACCCACCCUCCCUCAAUCCAAAUGGACGGCGACGGCAGCCUCCGCUUCGACUUCGAGGACGACGUCGACGCCUUCAGCGCUGGAUCCGGGUUCGCGUCCUCCGAAGCCCCCAUCGUCGCCGUGGGAGGGCCGUCCCGUGGCCGCGGCCACGGAAGCAUCGAAAUGGAUGGCGACGAGGACAGCCUCCGCUUCGACUUCGAGGACGGCCUCGACGCGGCCGGCGCUGGUACCGAAUCCUCGGCCUGGCCCUUCGAAGCCCCCAUCCCCGCCGCUGGAGGGCCGUCCCAUGGCCCUGUCAGCGGAAGCAUCCAAAUGGACGGCGACGAGGGCAGCCUCCGCUUCGACAUCGAGGACGGCCUCGACGCGGCCGGCGCUGGCACCGGAUCCUUGGCCUGGUCCUUCGAAGCCCCCAUCCCCGCCGCUGGAGGGCCGUCCUAUGGCCCUGGCAGCGGAAGCAUCCAAAUGGACGGCGACGAGGACAGCCUCCACUUCGACAUCGAGGACUACCUCGACGCGGCCGGCGCUGGCACCGGAUCCUCGGUCUGGUCCUUCGAAGCCCCCAUCCCCGCCGCUGGAGGGCCGUCCCAUGGCCCUGACAGCGGAAGCAUCCAAAUGGACGGCGACGAGGGCAGCCUCCGCUUCGACCUCGACGCCGUCGGUGCUGGAUCCGGCUCCGACGAGGAGAUCCCGGAGUGUAUAAUGUUUAGCGUGGGCUUUUGCCUUAAUGGACCUAAUUGCAAGUGCAUGCAUGUUAAGCUACCUGGGCCGCCUCCUGUUCAAGAAGUCCUCCAGAAGUUUCAACAGACGAAUGCCUAUAACUAUGGUUCAUCAAGCACAACUUAUCAGCCUAGAGACAAUAACUGUAAGCAGAAGGCGAAACCUCAAGUCCAGCAUGAGUCAGUGCUGGAGAAUCAAAAUUUGGCUGUAAAUGCUACUCUUGUAGCGCAACAACCUGCUGCUCAGCAUGUGCAGACAGAAAAUCCACCACCUCAUCUACAGCAGCAGCAAAAUGCUCAGGUUCAAGGUGUCCAUAAUGGUUCAUCUAUCCAAAAGCUACCACAACUGCAAGCCCACUUCCACAAGGGCAAUCAAGGUACUUGGUUAUUAAAUUUUGCAACCAGGAGAAUCUGGAUUUUGGUUCAGUGGGGUGUUUUUGCCCCUCAAAAAGGAUUAAUGAGGUUGAACUUGACGAAGCAUGUCCAUGGAGAGUGUCAUUUCAAUAUUCUCCAUCUCUAGAACUCAUCAUUUCCAGAGUAUUUGAAAAGUAAAAUAGUGCUAUUCUGUUGGAUACAUCAAAUUAUGGCUGAACACACUUUCUUCAGUGUCUGCAAAACUUCUAGUACUGGUGGUGGAAUUUAGAAAUAUGCUCACAGAAGCCCAUUGUGGUCAGAACUUCUCUCCAGUGGCUUAGGUACAUCACAAUUUUUAAAAUCUUGUCCAUACUUAUUUUAUUGUCAUCAUUUCACAUUAUAUCUUUCCAGUGGCGGAUAGUACUACUCUUUCUCACUGAUGGAAUAUAGCAUCUCAUAGCAGAUUAGAUGACAUAAGCUUGUGUAUUCACACCAUACUGCACUGCAUGCUAAUAUUUGUUGAUUCCACCGAGUUUCUCCUUGCAUAAUACUCCCUCCGUCCCAUAAUAUAAGAGCGUUUUUAACACUAGUGUAGUAUCAAAAACACUCUUAUAUUAUGGGACGGAGGGAGUAUUUAACAACAGAUCUUAUGCUAUAGACAUUUCCACUAAUUUAUGCUUAAAGGGGAAAUAUUUAUGUCUUCUAAGGGGACUAAAGGCUUUUGUUGUUUUUGUUGAUAGUAGAGCAUGUAAAUAGCUUCUUAGUUUAGUUAUUUAUAAGGAAGUUAGUUGAUGGUAGAGAUGCUCUGGUAAUCAUGAGUCAUUUUUCUCCUUUUUAAUUAAUAUGUUUCAUUUAUCUUCUAUUGUACCUCCAGUUUGGUACAUUUUUGUCAUUUAGCUCCAAGCUAUGGGACAAAAAGCAUCUAAAGACUUAGUUUUUAAAAAGAGAUUGACUCAAUUGUAUGCCCAACUCACAUCAGCAUCCAAAGAAUGUUAAUAGGAGCAUUUAGUGGAAAAUAUUGCCGCCAAAACUAGAGUAACAAACAAGUAUGUAACACAGUAUAUAUUCUGCUUUGAUGGUUGUAAUUUGGUAAUAAUAUAAUUUGUUUUGUAAUACAGUAGUCUAAAAGUAAAAUUAUGCUAUUCAGUUGGAUACUAAAUUAUUGUUAAAUUUACCUUUUUCAAGGGCUCUUCCCUUGAAAAGGUUACUUCUAAUUUUGGUGGCUACAUUGGUGGUUGGAUUUGGAAAUUUACUUGCAAAAGUUCAUUAUGGUUAGAAUUUCUCUCCAUUGGCUCAAGGUACAAUAAAUUAUGGAAAUCCACCCGCCUGAGUACUAGGAACUGGCUGCCGCGGCCCCACAUCGAAGCAUGCCUGCCCUGCCACGUGUCUUGCUCGUCAGCCGCCAACCCACCCUAGCCGCCACCGUCCUAGAGCGAAGCAUCCGCGCCCCGCCACCUCUCUUCCUCACUAGCUGCUAGCCUCCAUUGCGGUCUUUGCGAUGAUCCCGUUGUUGUUGUAGGAGCUGGCUGCCAGUGCCCCUGCUUGCCGAUUUUCAGCGGUGCCUGUGCCGCUGCCGCUGCUUGGUGGGUCGGUCCUUGCUCUGUUCCAUGCUCGUCUGACAUCAUGUGAUUUUGCUUGGUUCCCUUUAAGCAUUGUAAAAAGAAGGCAAUUUCUUUGUCACCGGGCUUCCUUUCCAUCCCUUGCGUGGUCUGCGUCUCUGGGCAUACUCUGGCAAGAUUUCUUAUCUGUUGUGCCCUGUUGCCCCCGUGGAAUCUUCACCACUCCCUAUGUUUGUUGUUGAUAAGGUUGUCUCUCAUGCUGCUAAGGUUGCUGAUGAUGUUGCAUGAUUCAGCAGUGGAUGAUGUUGCAUGACCCCAGAAAACACCAAGGAGAGACAAAAAAAAGGACACAAAAAAGUCUCUGGUCAAGUAAAACAAGAUCUAAUAUUCAGGCAAUGCAUGAUUCAGCAGUGGAUGUAUUAAGUCUAGUUGCCAGUUUGGUUUCGUGCCCGGGAGGUCGACCAUGGAAGCCAUAUUCUUGGUACGACAACUUAUGGAGAGAUACAGGGAGCAAAAGGAGGACUUGCAUAUGGUGUUCAUUGACUUGGAGAAGGCCUAUGAUAAGAUACCGCGGAAUGUCAUGUGGUGGGCCUUGGAGAAACACAAAGUCCUAGCAAAGUACAUUUCCCUCAUCAAGGACAUGUAUGAUAAUGUUGUGACAAGUGUUCGAACAAGUGAUGUCGACGUUGAUGACCUCCCGAUUAAGAUAGGAUAAUCAGGGGUCAGCUUUGAGCCCUUAUCUUUUUGCCUUGGUUAUGGAUGAGGUCACAAGGGAUAUACAAGGAGAUAUCACAUGGUGUAUGCUCAUUGCGGAUGAUUUGGUGCUAGUUGAUGAUAGUCGGACGGGGGUAAAUAGGAAGUUAGAGUUAUGGAGACAUACCUUGGAACCGAAAGGGUCUUAGUAGAACUAAAACCGAGUACAUGAUGUGCGGUUUCAGUACUACUAGGUGUGAGGAGGAGGAGGUUAGCCUUGAUGGGUAGGUGGUGCCUCAGAAGGAUACCUUUCGAUAUUUGGGGUCAAAGUCGCAGGAGGAUGGGGGUAUUGAUGAAGAUGUGAACCAUCGAGUCAAAGCCGGAUGGAUGAAGUGGCGCCAAGCUUCUGGCAUUCUCUGUGACAAGAGAGUGC